GACGACACACGACACUGACAAGCGUGGCAUUGCGCGGUUUAACUGCUGCUGCGUCUGUUCGCGUGGCCUAAUGCACCUCCACCAAGCUGGCGUUGCAAUCAGUCGGUCCAUGGUGACUCGGGCCCCAAUGCGAUGUCGCAUUGCAGAUUGGGGCCAUGGACGGCGGCGAUGCACAGGACCCCAGCAUGAUGCGGUGAUUCGAACUACCGCGAUGCCUCUACGACCCCACGCCGUCGAGGGGAUGCUCGAGUGCGCUUCCCCGGGAGCCGGCGCCUGCCAGGCGACUUAGCGAUGAUUUGUCCGCCUCGAAGAGAACCUCGGCUCGUCCGGAUCUGUCGUAGGGCAAGGAGGGCACUCCCGCCUUAGUCCGUCUGGGCCAUCGGGUCCGGCGUUGGAGUGCGACACGCCGCGAGGAAGAAGGUGCCUCCGGAGCGUCACUCGAGGCGAUUUCUCACGACUCCGCCCCCCCCCCCCCCCCCCCCC